AGUUCUCCACCACAUUCCCUACAGGAGCAAGACUGGAAGAGGGGGAGAGAAAGAUAGGGAGAUGUUUCCUUCCAAAGCUAAUGCGGUCCUCAACCAAGGGUUUGUGGAGGAUCCCAUGAGUUUUUGCACCCAGAUCUCUCCUCUUUCUCAUCUGAGCUUUCCUCCACAUGGGAUUCAGCAAACUCUUGGAGGCCUCAACAUGGGAGGAGGAGUCGCCUCUUACUUAAAGGAAGGCCUUCCUUCCAUACCAUCCCAAUAUAGGGUUGCUUCCUCUGGUGGUUUAGGUCAAUUUGGAGCCUCUUCAGAACAAAGAUCAAGUAAUAGUCUAUGGUCAUACGAUGAAGAGGAGGGGGAUCUAGGUAACAAGAUAUCAUCCGCCGGAGAGGAUAAUCACAAGUACAACAAAAACAAUAGUAGUAGUAGCAAUAAUAAUAACAACAAUAGCCUGUCGGUUGGUGCUAUAAGAAUGAAGAAGUUGAAGACAAGGAAGAAGGUUAGAGAGCCAAGAUUUUGCUUCAAAACCUUGAGCGAAGUCGAUGUGUUGGAUGAUGGCUACAAGUGGAGGAAGUAUGGCCAGAAGGUUGUGAAGAACACCCAGCAUCCAAGGAGCUACUAUCGUUGCACCGAGAGCAACUGUCAAGUGAAGAAAAGGGUUGAGAGAUUGGCAGAGGACCCCCGGAUGGUCAUCACAACUUAUGAGGGUAGACACAUACAUUCUCCUUCGCAUGAUGACGAUGAGUCCCGGGCUUCAGAUCAUAUCAAUUUCCUAUGGUAGUCUCUUCUUCAUUCUCAUUGUCCCAGCAUAUAUAUCUAUAUAUAUUAUCCAUCGCCCACGGUUUACAAUUGCAAAAUGGCCUUGUAAGUUAUCCAUUAGGCUCCCCCACUUGUAAAUUGUAAGUGUAAUAAUCGCAUCAUUCAACUGAUGUUUGUUUGAUGGAUAUCCAUAAAGAACUUCCCAAGUUAUAUUUAA